AAUUCACUCGGUGAAUAUCUCUGCCCCACCACUCGCAACUUUUUGGAGCUUCUGCAUCCAUGUUUAUAUAUUCACCUCAUUCGAAUUUUGCAAAAGGUAGAUAAAAACUAUAGCCGUAUAAUAUAUAGUUGCAUUCCAUAUAACCCAAAACAGUACUAUGGUAGAUCAUCCACCCGGGUUUCGUUUCUUUCCGACAGAAGAAGAGCUAGUGGGGUUCUACCUACAGAAGAAGCUACAAGGGCAAAGAAAUAGUUUAGCCUCAGCCAUAGACAGUGUUAUUCCGGUUAUUGACAUCAAUGGUGUUGAGCCGUGGAACCUUCCAACACAUGCUGGGGAGCGUUGUCGCGGGGACACAGAGCAAUGGUUUUUCUUUUGUCCCGGUCAAGAGAGAGAAGCCAGGGGAGGCAGACCCAGCAGAACCACUGCUUGUGGGUACUGGAAGGCCACGGGCUCCCCUGGCUACGUUUACUCUUCUCAUAAUAGAGUCAUUGGGAUGAAGAAAUCCAUGGUCUUCUACAAAGGGAAAGCUCCCUUGGGAACAAAAACUGAAUGGAAGAUGAAUGAGUAUAGAGCCAUUGAAUUCUCCAAUCAAUCCACCCCUCGGUUGAGAAGGGAAUUCAGCUUGUGUCGGGUGUAUGUGAUAUCGGGAAGCUUUCGAGCAUUUGAUCGACGGCCACUAGAGAGGGAAGGAGCAGAGUCGCAGAGAAUUGUGGCGCAGCAAACGGCAAGAGAGGAUGGAUCCAGUUCAUCUCAGAAUUCUCACUUGGGUGGAGUCUAUAGCCUUCAGGUGGCAGAGGGUGGAGACUUAGUUUGGAACCUAAAUGUUAAUACUGAGGUUCAACUCCAACAACCGCUCUGGGAAUUCGAAUGGGAACAAUUUAAUUCCCUCUAGCCUCUAGCUAACUCAAACAAACCUCAUCCAUUCAAAUAUCACACCAACAUUCGCUAACCAACAUAGGCAUAUACAUAUAUUUAUAUAUUUCAUAAAAUGUUUAAGGCUAAUAUGUAUGUUAAUUAGCUUUUAUAAUUUUACUUACUGUAUUUCUUUUUAGUUCAAAUUAAAUAAACCUCUUUAAUUCUUCUAUUUGA